UGUUUUCUGCUAGGAAACUGUUUUUUUUCUAGUUACUAUCACCGAACAAGAAGGCUUUAGAGAAUUUCAACGCCUUCACAUCCAAUGAAUCUAAACACUUUUCAUUAACCCUUUUUUGUAUUGAAUCUUCAUCUCAGGUUAUAUCCAUUUUACUCUGACAUUUCCCUUUUUCUAUUCUUUUAUGUACGUAUCAAUAAAUAUUGCUACCAUGCAUAAAUGAUUAUACGAAUACACUGAUUAGUUAACAAGGGCUGACGAUGAGGGAGAACCAGAAGGAAAGUUAAUAUUUUUUUCUUUCGAGCAAUUACUUUUGAGAGGUUUCGAAAUCAAAAUCUUCACAGCUCUGAAGACGUAGCAAUUCCGCUAUACCCAAUUGGCGAAAGGGUUCCAACUCGAAGCUCGAGCGUCGCAAGUCUGGAGACGACUCCGAUACCAAUUGGGCAACUAUUUCGCAUAUUAUAUUAGGGGGGAAUAAUUGGAACACAGGAUCUCCUGUGUAGAGGAAAGCUAUAGCUAUUUGCCUUGGAGGAAAAGAAAUGGAUAUCAGUAGCGAGUCAUCAUCUGGUCGAAAUUCUGAAAGCUUGCCUUAUGUUCACAAGGUAGGAUUGCCUUCUAAACAGAACCUUCUGAAGGAAAUUAGUGCUACGGUAAAGGAAACUCUCUUCUCGGAUGACCCUUUACGCCCUUUUAAGGACCAGCCAAGAUCAAGAAAGUUUAUCCUUGGCCUUCAAACUCUUUUCCCCAUUCUUGAAUGGGGUAGAGACUACAGCUUGGCUAAACUCAAAGGGGACCUUAUUUCAGGACUCACCAUUGCAAGCCUUUGUAUCCCACAGGAUAUUGGAUAUGCACAGCUUGCAAAUCUUAAGCCUCAAUAUGGGUUAUACAGUAGCUUUGUUCCGCCUCUUGUUUAUGCAUUCAUGGGUAGUUCAAAAGAUAUUGCUAUAGGACCAGUGGCAGUGGUGUCCCUCUUGCUUGGAACUCUACUGCAGGAUGAGAUUGAUCCUACAAAAGACCCAGUAAACUAUCUACGGCUUGCGUUCACAGCUACAUUCUUCGCUGGAAUUACUCAAGUUACGCUAGGAUUUCUCAGAUUGGGUUUCCUGAUUGAUUUCCUAUCUCAUGCUGCCAUUGUUGGGUUUAUGGCUGGAGCUGCCAUCACUAUUGCACUUCAACAACUAAAAGGAUUGCUGGGGAUAAGUCAUUUCACACAAAAGACUGACAUAGUCUCUGUAAUGCGCUCCAUAUGGAGUACGGUGCAUCAUGGUUGGAACUGGCAGACUGUUGUUAUAGGAGUAUCAUUCUUGGUUUUCCUUUUGUUGGCCAAGCACAUUGGAAAGAAGAACAAGAAACUUUUUUGGAUAUCUGCAAUUGCUCCAUUGGUCUCAGUGAUUCUAUCAACUUUUCUUGUUUAUAUCACUCAUGCUGAUAAGCAUGGAGUUAAAAUUGUACAUAAGAUAAAAAGGGGGGUAAACCCACCAUCCCUGGAUGAAAUAUUUUUCACUGGAAAGUACCUUGGAAAAGGCUUCAGGAUUGGUGCAGUUGCUGGCAUGAUUGCUCUCACGGAAGCAGUAGCCAUUGGAAGGACAUUUGCUGCCAUGAAGGACUAUCAAAUUGAUGGAAACAAGGAAAUGGUAGCAUUAGGAACCAUGAAUGUUGUUGGUUCAAUGACAUCAUGUUACGUGACUACAGGAUCGUUCUCUCGCUCAGCAGUAAACUUCAUGUCAGGCUGCAACACAGCGGUGUCAAACAUAGUGAUGUCGUUAGUUGUACUAUUAACACUGGAAUUCAUUACUCCACUGUUUAAAUACACCCCGAACGCUAUACUUUCCUCCAUUGUCAUAUCUGCUGUGCUGGGCCUAAUUGACAUUGAAGCAGUAAUUUUGAUUUGGAAUAUUGACAAAUUCGAUUUCGUUGCCUGCAUGGGAGCCUUCUUUGGUGUUGUGUUUUCUUCUGUUGAGAUAGGACUCUUAAUCGCGGUCUCAAUAUCCUUCGCUAAAAUCCUGUUACAAGUGACAAGACCAAGGACUGCCAUUCUUGGAAAGCUCCCAAGGACUACUGUUUACAGGAACAUUCGACAGUAUCCUGAGGCUUCCAAGGUUCAAGGGAUUCUGAUUGUCAGAGUAGAUUCAGCAAUUUACUUUUCCAACUCUAAUUAUAUCAAGGAGAGGAUUUUGAGAUGGCUAACUGACGAGGAAGAGAAGCUCAAAGAAAUUAGCCUACCCAGAAUCCAGUUUUUAAUCGUUGAGAUGUCCCCUGUAACUGACAUUGACACUAGUGGGAUUCAUGCUUUCAAAGAGUUGCAUAAUAGUCUUCAGAAGAGAGAUGUUCAGCUUGUUCUAGCAAAUCCAGGGCCAGUCGUUGUGGACAAGCUCCAUGCGUCUAGGCUAGCAGAGCUGAUAGGAGAGGACAACAUCUUUCUCACUGUUUCAGAUGCUGUCAAUGCAUGUGCUCCUAAGUUGGAGGAAGUAUGAAAGUAAUAUAUAACAUUACAUUUGAUUUCCAAGAAUUUAAAGGCUUUACAAGAACUGAACCAAGAGUUGAUCCCCAAAGAGUAGCAUAUAUUUGGAAGUUGGUGUUCUAGUUUGAUCAUUUUUCUGCAACAAAAUUGUAAAUAUCUAGUGUAGAAAACAGGAUGGGAAUUGCAAGUUUGAAGGAGAACUCGAGGAUGCAAUGCUUUUUUCCUUUUCUUU